UGGAGCACAAACUCCGCUCUGGAAUCCCCAUCACGUCAUCGCCGUAUUGUGAGUAUAUAGGCCACUCGCAAAAACCGAAAGGAACUAUAAAUAAGCCACACAUCAAUUGAAUUUACAUCAAGAUGUCGACCGAGGGCGAAUACGAGUCGAUCCUUUGCGUUAAACCCGACGUCAACGUUUAUCGAAUACCACCGAGGGCUACAAAUCGUGGAUACAGGGCAGCAGACUGGAAGCUGGAUGUUCCCGAUUGGUCAGGGCGCAUGCGGAUAACGGCGAAGGGGAAAGUGGCCUACAUCAAACUGGAAGACAAAGUCUCAGGGGAGCUGUUUGCUCAGGCCCCUGUCACUGAGUAUCCUGGCAUCGCAGUUGAAACCGUAAGCGACUCCAGUCGCUACUUUGUCCUGCGAAUACAGGAUGACAAUGGCCGCAGUGCGUUUAUUGGCGUUGGAUUCGCAGACAGAGGGGACUCUUUUGACUUCAACGUGUCUUUGCAGGACCACUUUAAGUGGGUGAAACAAGAGAAUGAGAUCAGCAAAAACCCUCAGGGUGCAGCUUUGGGACCAAAGCUGGACUUGGGAUUUAAAGACGGACAAACCAUCACCCUUAAUAUUGGGCAAGGCAAAAAGAGGGAUAAGCCACGCCCACAGGGGGCAGGUGGGCUCGGUCUCCUACCGCCGCCACGAAAAGGAAAGAUGGCUCCUCCUCCUUCCUCUGCCUUCUCCAAUCACAACACUGUGCCUCAAACAGGAGGCUCAGAUACGGGCUGUUUGCUAGAUCUGGACAGUAGUAACUCCAACACUGUGGUCCAAUCAUCCAACCCCAGCAGUGAUCUUUGGGGAGACUUCUCCUCUCCUGCAAGUUCGCUCCCUCCAACAUCGCGACAAGAGCACACGCCGAAUUGGGGCCGGUUUUGAGUCCACAUCAUCGCCUUUCUCAUUGGUCUCCACCGCUGAACGCAACGCCUCCCUCCGUCGCUACAAACACAGUCAAAGCAAACUUUCCAAGAGACGAAGAACACCAUGUACGUCUAGAAAGUCUUCAACAAAUCUAAGAAUGGACGUACACUACAAUCUCCUCCCAAAGUAA